CGAAUUCCUCCGGAGGCCGGGAGCGCGACGCGGACGUUCCCUUUACACCACGUGCGUGUCUCUGCGUGGUGAUGUGCCGUCGAGAGUAACCUUCAGGAAACCGACUCAAAAUCAAAGGUGUUCAAUAUGCUAAUAAAACAUAUUUAACUGCAUAAUGACAGGCAGGCAGCGAUGGCCAUCACAACCAAAUACUGCCAGAAGGAGCUGGAGGAAUAUGGUGGCUGUGUCGCGUCUCAUCCAGCAUCAUGGCAAGAGAAGUGUCUAGACCUGAAGCUGAAGGUGGCACAGUGCACUUCAUCACAUCCUGUGAUUAGGAAGAUCCGAACAGACUGUGCCAGUGAGUUUUCUGCAUUCGAGAGCUGUCUGCGAGAGAACCAGACCUCUGCCGAAGCGUGUCAACCUCGCCUCAACCGUUUCCUUGCCUGUGUUGAGACCGUCGACCUUUCAGGAACAGCAAAUGCUGCGCCUCAGCCCACGUAGAUGUUUUCACCAUUGUGGAUUAUGGAAAUAUUGUAUUUGAAGAACUAUUGUAUUUGAACACACACACCAGAGCAGACCUAAAUAUUUUGCACGGAAAAGAUGCAAGAAAAGACUGUGUAAUGUGAUUUUAGAUUUUUGUUUGUUUUUGGAACUUUUCACACUAUUUAUGAGAGAAAUCAUUUUUAAAAGGUUUCCAUGAUAUUAAAACAUGAAGUUGCAAUAAAAAAUAUGCAUUUGA